AUGGAGUUCCCAGUAUUGAGUGGAAUAUGCGGUUCGCUUGCAAGUUAUGCUGGUAGGACAAUUAUUAUGUAUAUAGGUAAAAUUGCUUUUUAAGAUGAAUCAUAAUUAAUGUACAGAGGAGUUGGGUUGAUUUGUAUGCUGUUAUUCAAUAAGUGGAUGUUUUAAUUCAGUUUUAAGUCAAUGUAAAUUAAUGGAUCUUCAGUGACUGUGUUGUUGUAAUUUAUAGUAGGCAAUCUCAUAAAUGUAAGAAUGGUGUAUUUGAGUUAGGGACUUAAUGGGUAUUUUCUAUUGAGUGAGUCAUUGUCGUUGCAAUGGUUAAUUGGAAUAAUAUUAAUGUGUUUUGGAGUUUUUAUGAUAUCAAAUGAUAAUCAUGAACGCUAAAAAUAGUAAUGA